AUGAUAAACGAUUUUGUGACUGAAUUCCCUAGGAUUAAUGUAUAUGGCUUUAUGUUGGCACUGCAAUGGCCAAAUUCAUAUUGUAAUUCAUGCCAAUGUAAACAUCCGAUUCCUCAACAAUUGAAAACUCAUGGUUUUUGGGCACUGGAUAGAAAUGGACAUGUAAUGACAAAUGAAGAAGAUUACAUGUCAUCUGGAGAAGUUGGCUUGAACGAACAGGACGUUGCGGACAUAAAGAUAGAACUAGAUGAAAUGUGGCCAAAUCUUCGCGGAAAUAAUUUUGAUUUCUGGGACUAUGAAUGGAGACGGCAUGGGCAUGGCAUCAUAUUUAGUGACCCGAACUCUUAUUUCAAGUCGGCUAUUCGUUGCAAGAGAAAAUUGGAUGAUAUUAUCGGAGGAGAGCUGGUUGAAUAUUUAAGACAAAUAGUCGCUCAUUACGGUAGUCGUCCUACGUGGCAUACACAUGGUUUUGGACCAACUGCAAUUGCUGACUAUGCUAAUCAACAAUUUCCGAUAAAAAUUAAGAAAAAGACUAAUUUCAAUGCGGGGAUAAAGUGUUACACGGCCGAUGGCAAAUCCCAGCUUUUGGAGAUUUAUAUAUGCUUUACAAGGAAAGAAGAUUUUGCCGAUUGUAAGUGCAAAUACGAAGGCAAGAAAGAAUAUUAUAUCGCUCGCGAUUGCGAGCGCAGGAUUAUAUUCCCCAUAAAAAGGGAACCACAAGAAGAAUUACUUCGGGUAGUGGGUACAAGGACUUCUGAGCAGAAACUUGGAAGAUUCCGCAGCCAGAGAAAACAUCAAACUUAA